UAAACACUUGUCCUGUAUUGUGAAAUUCUGUUGGCGCCAAUGAGUUACGGCCUUGUUUAGUUGGAAUUGGAUAAAGUAGUGUUGUUGGUCUCUCUCUAUCCACACACUUUCACUUCGUACCUUUCCCCUUACACCUUUUCCCACUUCUUCUUCUUUCUCUUCAACUUCCCUUUCCUCCAUUCUUUAAAGAGUUUAUGGAAGCUGUAGAAGCAAAAUCAUCUUCUUCAUCUGGGUAUGGUAAGCCUCCAUGGGUAUUUAGAGGAAGUGCCUUGUAUCAACUCCAUCUUGUGAAGGCAGAGAAAGCUAGAAGAUACAUUCCGAAAGAAUUCAAAUUGGUUGAAGCGUUUGGAUACACUUUGGGCGGCUUCUUUCUAGCCAGCUAUGAGGACAGUCCCGCCGGUGUCUUUGACGAGCUAGUGGUGAUUGCAGGACUUGUCUGGAACCGCCCAACAUCUUGUGCAUGGGCCACGAGGGUGUACGUGAACAGUAAUGAUGCUUGUUAUCAUGGACGAAAGGAAGUGGGUCUUCCAAGUCAGAUUGCCAAGUUUUCCAAGACAAUUAGAGCAAUAUCAGGAGAACCUAGUGACAGAAGCAGUGGAUUCUUGAACAUGAUUGGAAUUGGUUCUAUCUCAUGCAAUAAUCAGAGGGAUCAAGGUCUAAAUGUUGAAGUAAUCAAAAUCAAAUGUCUUGAGGCAGCAGAUGCUUGUAACAUUAGUCUCACAAGUGCUGAUGGCACCAAUAGCUGGAUGGGGCCUCCAAUUAAAAUGUCGCUUCCAAGUUUCAGUGGUGGUACAGAGUAUAAUCCUAAUCUCCUUAAGUACUCUUGCCGGAUUGAAUGCAGGGUGCAAGCAGUGCAGCCAUUGAAGGUUUCGGGGGCAAUCCCUUCAACUUCAACAAAUGAUGAGAGAGAACAACAUAAUAGUGACGUAGCUGAAAAUCAUGAGAGUUUCAGCACUUAUGUGAUGUUAUCAAAACCCAUUUUAGCACUUAAGUUUAAUCAAAUGAAGAUGCAUGUAGAAGCUCCUGUUGUGCUUUCCCAAUUCUCAAGUUCCAUAGAAACUACUGCCAGUUCUCUUCCAUAAUGACUUUCUUUUCUUUUCUUUCUUUUCUUUAUUCCCUCAAGUUCAGGAUUUGUAUUAAGUGGAGAGAAGCCUAUUAGAAUCACCAAUCACCAAGUCCCCUAUCACUGUUGAGCACUGUUUUAACCAUAUACAAUCACCCGAUCUAGGUGUUAGAUUCAAAAAGAAUACUUCAAUUUGUAUUCCAAUUUUGUAUGCAACUCGAAAACAUGUAUUUAGGUAAAUAAAGUUGAAUUUGUCCAGGAGUGUAACUCUUUGGUUAUAAAGAAUCGAGAUAAUAAAAAAUCAGGGUGAUUAGUUAUGACAAUUAUAGAGAACUAGUCUUGGUUU